AUGUCGUCAAAUAUAAAAAUUCCACCUGAUAGGGGAAAAAAUAAUAUAAUAUAUGAAACUAUUGUAUCAAAUCAAAAUGACGAAAAUAGAAUGGAAACGGAUUUAGAUGAUAGUACCGAUGAUAAUCAGGUAGCAAAAAAACACAAAAUAGAUAACGAAGAUAAAAACGUAAGUGAAAACAAUAUAAAUAAUGGGAAUAUGGUAAACACAAUAAUUGAAAGAGUUAGUAAUAAAUAUAGUAAUGGAGAUCAGGGACCUUAUUAUGUAUUUAUACAAAAUAAAGAAGGAAAUAUAGGCAGGUUACACAAAAUUGGAACAGCUAGAUUAAUUUUAAAUGCAGUGCCGGAGAUAAAAGAUAAUAUAAUAAAUAUUUCAUUUAUAGGAAUAAAUAAAAUAAAAGUAGAAUUAAAUAAUUUUUAUAGUGCUAAUAAAAUUAUAGAUUCAGAAAUAUUAAAAACAAAAAAUUACGAUGUAUAUAUUCCUAACUUUUUUGUCCAAAAAAAGGGCGUUAUUAAGCAGGUCGAUAUAGAUAUAACUGAGGAAGAAUUAAAAAAUAUAAUCAAACCAGAAUACGGACAAAAUAUUAAAAUAGAGUAUGUCAAAAGGAUGUUUCGAAGAGAUGAACACAAGCAAUUAAUACCUACAGGUACUAUUAUUGUUACUUUCAGAGGGCAAAUGAUACCAAAAAAAGUCAUUAUAGAGAGGCUUAGAUACGAAGUAGAAAUGUACAUCCCCAAGGUUACUCAAUGUUUGAAUUGCUUACGCUAUGGCCAUGUAGCUAUGCAAUGUAAGGGUAAGGUCAGGUGUAAAUAUUGUGGGGAUAAUCAUGAUCAAGAAGCUUGCGAAUUACGAAAUAAUCCAAAUUGUAUAAUGUGUGGGGGCGAACACAACGCUACGGAGCGAACUAAAUGUCAGGAAUACAAUAAUCAAAAAUCUAUUAAAGAAAAAAUGGUUAUUGAAAAUAUAUCAUACAAUGAGGCGAAACAAAAACAUAAAAACAGUUACGCAACGGCAAUAAAAAACAAGUCGGCGGGAUCUCGAUACACGGUAACAAAAAAAUCAAAACCAAACGAAUAUGUUUCUACAAAAAGCGUAAUAUCACAAGAACAUAGGGAUAUUUUGGAAAUUCCAAGCGUAGCUUCUCAGACGGUAUUACUUCAAUCAGCAUGUCAUGCAAAUAAUUCAAUAGAUAUGGUUGGCGAAGACUGUAAAGGUUUCACAGUAUAUCCACAGUUCAUGUUUUAUCCUAUACCCUAUCAGUUUUGGAAUAAAUAUUUCGAUGAAAAAUCCUUAAAUGAAGUUCUGAACAUCACAAAAGAUAGUUAUAUUCUGCAUAUUUGGAAUAAACUAAGUAGCACACGUAGAUUACCAUUAACAUCCAACGCACCGUACAUAAAUUUAGCAAGAAAAUAUUGUCCCAAAGUUAUUGAUGCUUGCAGUACAGAUUUUUAGUUUUAGUUGUGAUUUAAAUAUUGUUUUAGAAAUAUUAACUAAUAGCACUAAAGAAAUGGGGAUUUCAUAAUAACAGUAAUAUUUAAUAUUCUUAAAUGUAAAGAAAAAGUGAUCGCUCACUUUUGCAAUGCCCUUGUGAAAGUGGAUAUUAAAAAAACAUGCUCGCCCGAGUUUUUGAGGAUGCUAUAAAUUAAAGUAGUACUACUGUAAGAGGUAAAAUCCCUCUCGUAGCGGCGCUUUUGAUGUUUCACGUUCAUAUUUUGUGUUCUUCUGUGCUUGUCAUCUGAUUUCAGGUACUCUGGACACUUUUAACAUUGUAUAAAGAACUAUAGUAGGAUAAUCGCCAUGUAAAAGUUAUUGGAGGCAAUCGCGCCUGACAUCUAUUGGUACAAUUAUUGAACUAACGAUUUUAUUUACUGGUUAGAUACGCCCUCUACGUCAGAUGUUAGAACUUUAUAAGUGACAAUUCCGUCAAAUUAAUUGUCAAUAUAUAUAUAUAUAUAUAUGU